AUGCCAAGUACAUCAUCGGUAUCGAAUCAAUCAUUGUCGAGUAGUCAUGUAUUCAUCAAAUCAACAAGUACUACGAGCUCGGGGAUUGGCUCUCAUUCAAUACCGAAAAGCCCGAGAGUCAUCCACUCCAGCACCAAUCGUCCAACCGUAAUUCAUCAACUACAACAGAAAUUGCCCUCAUCCCCUCAAUUGAGGAACAACGUUGGAGGAGAUCCAUUGGACCUACCAACGUCUGUUUCUGCCCGAUCAUCAUUGAGGAUUUUACUUCCUCCCAUUCAACAACAACAACCUGCUGUUAUAUCUCCCUCAGCGAUAUUACUAAAUCAAUCCUCAAAUAAUAUUAAAUAUGAAGACACCAACAUCUCUUCCAAAACUUCAAGAGGUGAUGCCGUAACCCCACGCCAACAUCAUCAGCAAUCCAAUGGCAGUUCCGUUCAUCACUCCAAGCCUCUACCAUCAGCUCCAUCCUCACCAACUGCCACACCCACGUCCUCAAAAUCAUUUCCUUUACACAUUCCUCUUCAUAAUGUACACCAAAACACCGACAAAGAACCUCAAACAAUUGUUUCCUGCCGAUCGAAAACUCAUCAUGAAUGCUCAAAGUUUGCAUCACCUCGACGUCCCACAACCACAGCUAGCUCAGUAACCACAACGACUACGAAGCUCCAAGCACCUCUCUCUGCUCGCGUUCGAAAAACGGAAUAUUCAGAAUGGAAGACGGAGGUAAUGAAGCCUCCGUCAACACCUCCUUCAAAAUUCGCAGCAUUCAAGAGCAUGUCGACUGUAAAUAUGGAAGUUGACAAGUUUGAGAACAGUUCAACAGCUUCAACGAUAAACGACGACAGCUUUUCUCAGCAGGCCUCCCAUCUCAACUCAUCCAGGAAAAGCACAAGUCAUGAACGACACUGGAAUAUAAGAAUUGACAGAAAAUUGAAGGAUCUGGAAUUCUUUUAUUCGGGUGGUCCCACUCGAGUUUGUCACAUGAAAUAUCUUGAUGAUGAGGACACGAGUUAUUACAAAAAUGUGGUUCCGUCAAAACAAUCAUGCAUAACAGAGCCUAAAGAAUCAUCACCAAAGCCUUCAAAGAAACUCUUAACACCCGAAGCAAUUGAAAAACGAAGAAAAAACAAAGAAAAGCUGAAAAGUAUUAACGAAAAACUCUUUCAAUGCAAGCUAGAAAUUAAGAAAACACAGGAUCAAGUUUCACAAAGGAUGGAACAGCUAGAAUUGUUAGAACGAUUGGCCAAUAAAAAUGGUCUUUAG